AUGCACCUCGCAUCAGAAUGCUCCUCGUCUUCCACGCUUCCACUCUCUCCAUGCCCUUCCCUGCCCCUCUCACCCUGCCCCUCUCGCCCUGCCCCUCUCACCCUGCCCCUCUCGCCCUGCCCCUCUCACCCUGCCCCUCUCGCCGUGCCCCUUGCCCGCCAGUCGCUGCCGGACGCGUGUGCGUUUGAGCGCGCCAUGGGGGCGUGCAUGGCGGCGCUGCACCCCUCGCCGCCCGUGCAGCAGCUGCUGCAGCAAGAGAACGCCACGCGCCUGCACGCCUCCUAUGGCGUCUUCGUGGAUGUGAGUGGGGGAGGAGGAUGGAGGGAAACGGGGAACGCACAGCUCAACGAGGGGAGGGGGCAGGAGACGCUGGCAGCAGCGGGGUGCAGCGGGUGUCCGAGCAGCAACGGGUCGACGGCGGUGGAGUGUGUGAUGCGGCGCGUGACCAUGAGCUUCCUCAAGGACCCCUCCAAGGGCUUCACUCUCGCCGCCUCCAACCCCCACCACACCGCUGCCGUCGCCGACUUCUUCCACCCGCACCGUGCGCCCGCCCUGCUGCACGCCACGCUGCUGCGCGCCACCACCUGCCCCUUCGGCGAGCACGUCACCGCUGCCCCCGGCCCGCGGAACUUGCCGCCGGGGACCAGUGCAGCCGCCCUGCAGGCACUGCUGGCAGGCGCCGUGGCAGGGGGUGGCGGAGGAGCAGGCGAUGGGGGCGGCAGUGGAGGGGGGGAGGAGGUGGCGGUGCUGCUGCCUUUCAACAACCGCGUCACACCGGAGCAGCUGCUGCUGUGCCUGCAUGCACGGGUGGCGGAGCUGUAUGCGUUGAGUCACACGCGGGGGCUCAUCGUGGUGAACUCGUCGUCGGCGGAGGCGCGCUUCAUUGCGGCGCAUGGCAGCGCUGCCAGCGAGCUCUUCCGCGUGCAGCGAGCCGUGUGUGACUCGCCGCCGCUGCGCCCCAUCACCCACCUCAAGUUCGCUAAAUACACCAUCGUGGAAGAGCGCCUGGGAGUGAUGUACUGCGGGGUGCCCAGUGUGGCGUCCACGGCGUGGCUCACGUGGCUGCGCGCGCGCCUGGGGCUGCCCUCGGCACGAGAGGGCCACGUGGCGGUGGACGACCGCGAUGGCGGGCUGCACGAGCUCGCGCUGCACUUCACCGAGGCCCAAGCCGUGCGCAUCAUCACGCGGCCGGACCUGCUGCGCUUCACGUUUGUGCGCAACCCCUUCUCGCGCCUCGCCUCCACCUUCCGCUCCACCGUGCUCGCCUCCCACCACAGCCUCGCGCCCACCUCGCGCGACCACUGGAGCAAUGCAUUGUUCCGGGCGGUGCGGCCCAUAGUGGAGGCGGUGGUGCGGGAGGGCGAGGGGCAGCUGUCCUUCCCAUCCUUCGUGCGCCUCGUGGGCCGCCUCAUGGACCACAGCCGCCCCCUCAUGGACUCCCGCAUAGCACCUCAGGUGGACGUGUGUGCGCUGUCGACCAUCAAGUACGACGUGGUGGGCCGCGUCGAGAGCCUGCUGGACGACACCCGCGCUGUCGUGGACCGCGUGGGCGGCACGGGGCAAAACGCACAGCUGGAGAUUUUUGAGGAGGACGGCACAGGGAAGGGUGCAGACGCUGAUGCCAGCCUUGCACGGCUGUAUGACAAGGACACAUACGAGGCGGUGAAGAGCAUAUACGCCAUGGACUUCUAUGUGGCGCUCAACAACAUCACACAGCCCGCGCCCCAUGUGCUGCACGACCUGCUCGAGAGCGAGCUCUGA